CUGGAGGAAGAUCCACAGGCAUCGUUAGGCCGAAGAUAAUGGUGGACUCGACGCUUGGCGUCCGCGUUGCUCUGAUCGGCCGCAAUUCUACUUGCAAGUCUCUCUUUUUGAAAGCAGCGUCCUCUUCCGACAAGCUUCUCCCGGAUACGGCGUCAGAUGCGGAAGUAUGGUGGACCUCACCACUCGCGCCUAGAGAAGCCGAUCUCGCCCAUGCCCCCGAACACGGGUUUGCACCGAGUGGCGAACGUCUCCUCCCGGCACAGCUGAACCACGCAUCGGUGGCUAGCGUGCUCGGCGAGGAAAGCAAGAAGAGCGACGGUGACCGCUGUGAGCAAGCUGUUGCUGACGCAGCUAGGCAGGGUGCCGAUGAGGCGACACCGGCGGUGCUGAUGGUUGUUGGUGCCGAGAUCUCGUUUCAUAAGGGGUACCCACGACCCAACCGCGGAGGGGUGACCCCCGUCAAGGCCGCGGUGUCGCGCGUUCGGGAGCGCCUUGGAGGUGGCCAGGUACCGUUGGCGGUGGCCGUGAGCUUCGAUGUUGAGUGGGACGGCGGUCCGUCGCAAUCGUCGGCAAUGAAGGCCUUUCUCCAGUCGGUGAAGGACGAGAUGGCCCUCGAGGGCGUGCCGGUUGUGGCAAUAAGCCCCCGAACAGAGCUUUGGCUGCGCGAACAAGAGAGCGAGGGCGGUAGGGUAUCUUAUCGGCGCGGAGAUUCUCAAUUUCGGAUACACCCUGCUUUUCAAUCACUCAUGGACAAGAAGGAGAUCACAAACGCACGGGCAGCAUUCGACGUUUGCGGAGGAACCGGAAUUCUGGCAGCAGCGUCAACGGCAAUAGGCCUCGACCCUCCGACUCUAGUGUUUCCUGUAGGAGACUUCCUCACGCUGCAGAGCUCAGGGUGGUGCGGAGACGGCGCUCCGGUUGCAACGCUACGAACCUGCCGCUUGAUGAGAAGGAACUCGAGCGCCCGAGAUUUGUUUGCGGUGGAAAAAAAGGAAGGAAUUCUAGCCGGGGAGUUGGUUGGCGCGGAAGCGUCCUUGGCACCUACGAAUUCAGCAGGACGAGCGGGGCCGUUGCCACUCGAUCUCGACGCGCCGAUCGGCAACGGCGCAUGGCUCGUGCGGCUCGCUGGAAGCCGAAAGGCGGCGAAAAUGUGGAACGCCGCUCCAGCUGCGGCCACUGGCGGGAAAGGCGGCAAGCCUCUGGCUAGUGUUCAGUUUGGUGAUCUUAGAAGUAAGGAUCGGCGACGUGGAAAGUCCUGACGCGAAAAAAGCGGUGAGCAGCACCAGUCUUUACUGGCCGUUUAUGGUGUGAUUGAAAGCGUUUCGGGCUUGUUCACAUGUGGGGAGAGGUUCCUUUCGAUCUCAUAUUUCGUGUUCACGUUUUUGGUCAGCCCAGGCGAUGUGUGAAGUUUGUGUUGUGUAACUGAAGACAGCAGUCGUAGGAUCUCUCGAGUAACAAUUGUGCACGACGACACGAACCACAGACGAUGAACGGGUGUGAAGCUUUAGGAUGUCUCGUGGCCGCCGAUGAACACGUUUGGGGUUAUCCCACUAGUAGUUAAGCUGCCAUCACGCAAGGUAGAUACACGCCUUGCAUGAGCCUCGGUGCCCCCUGCCAGGUACUAGCAAAGCCAAGCCCUUUCGAGUCGGCCGAAAAGUAUACGAAUAAACUAGCCUAAUGCCUCCUGAAGCGAAACAUGCCUAAUUUUCA